ACCACUGCUUGAGUCCAAGCUGUGAUAACCCCGAUGUCAUCAAGCUAUGUCACCAUCAGGGUUACUUUACAUUGUUCAUUCCUAUCAAAUUAGCAAAGAAUGAAACCAAAACAGUUUGAUUUCACAGGUAAAAAUGCCACAUCAUUGGGUCCAUAGGGCAGGCACACUGCAGACUUCGGCUGACUGAGACUGCUACUUCCUGUUUAGCGCUCUGCUAACUUGAAUGUGGAUGAAAUGUUUAAAUUGUGAGUGAAUUCUUUUAGACUUUUGAAAUAUUAUGAGACCAAAUUGAUCAAAUCCUGAUAGUCACAACCCCCACAGUCAUUUUGUGGGGGUUGUGACGCUCAAAAAAAUAUAUUCACUAAUUUUCAUACGUCUUUCUCACAGUGUAGGUCUAUGGGUAAAAGUUGUUUUGGGACCAGUUGCAUCAUCUGUUGGACUUAGAAGUUGUAUUACACUGUUUGGCCACUACAAAAAUUGUCUUCAAAGUCUGGUGCACUUCGGCUGGUCCUGAGACACAGAGGACACAAUACAAAUGUUUUCACAGGAUGAAUUGUAGCUCCUCUUUAUUAUAAGUCAACUGACUUUGAUGUGUGAAAUUUAGGAUUCCCUUUAACCAGAAAUCAGACAGUAAAAUAUUUUUGUAGCGAUAUAAAGGAACCUAAACGGGUGCUGUAGCCCAUGUGUCCCUAUCCUAUGUACAUGAGAGAGUCAGGUGUCACAUGAAAAGAAGCUCCUGAGCUCCUGUAUCAUCUGCACAGUGUUUCAGCUGUCUGCAACUUCAGACUAAAAAUAUCGGUGUAUUGGUAUUGGUGCCAGCCUUCAAAAACCAUUACUGGUCAAAGCCAAAGUGACCAGUAGAGCUACAAAGAUUAGAGGACAAGGAAAGCAGAUGCCAGUGUAGUUCAUGAACUCCAGCCUGAGAUGAAACAGAGCUGUCCAAGGGACGCCUGCAGAGUCCCUGCCACCAACCCCUACAAAGCACGACAUCAUGAUUGAUGUUCCUACCUGUUGGAUCGUUUUGUACGCCCACACUGGACAACAGGCAGGAGACUGAAACACAGAUAUAGUGAGCCAAAGCAGAGGUUUGGGAGAAGGUGGAUUAAGUUUAAAGAGAUGCCAGCGACAAGUCCAUAUUUUCCCAUCCCUAAAGAAGGUCGUUACAGGUUCAGAUGACAGUUAAAAGGUCACGGGAGGUAACAGAAGUUCACUUCAGGCGAGAAGGAAAACAUACACAUUGUGUAUAACCUAAGCAAACAAACCCUCCCCAAACUUAAUUAAAGUGAUUACAUGACUGGCUCAUUCAUAGCAUGUUUGCACAAGCUGUUAGUAAAAGUUAACUUCCCCCGUUAAAUGAAAAUAAGCACAAAUAAACAAUAAUUACAUGGAUCCCUAACCCUUCAUAUGGCUCUUGCUGCUUAGUCACGUCCCUUGAAUCACUACUUUGGAUAAACCCCAAAGGAACACACAGCUGAGGACCUCAGAAGCUAUGACUCAUAAGCCCAUAAUGUGACAGCUUUUAUAAUGGGAGCCAAUGAGAGGGUGCAUCAGGAGUAAUCAGCAGUGGCAUGGCUAUAUACAGUAAGAAUCUCUCUUUUUCUCUAAAUGUUACCAAACCAGCUCGGAUUGUGUUUGAAUCUGAUGAGAUAAUUAUCAUUGCAGCAAAAGCAUUGAUGCGGACUUCAGCUUCAUGCAGCAUGAGGAGGAAGAUUCUCUACAGAGAGAAGACUUGCAACUUUACUCGGGUUUGUAAUACAAAGAAAGUUACUCCUGAGGUGUUCUAAAAUCUAAUGUGGUAAGGAUAAGACUAAAACAUUUGUAGGACCAAGGUGUAAUCAUGCAGUGAAGGAACAAGAUACAGUCUUUACAAGCAUCCAAAACAGGUUUACUGCACUGUAAAGUGUGCCUGCAGCAGACAGUUGGUAAUGGGUUUAACUCAGUCUCCAUGCACAGUGCAGAGGCUGUAAAAAAUGUCACUCUCACCAACUGACUGUGUUUCAGUAUUGAAAGAUUUUCCUCUGUAUGCAAAGGCACAGAAGAAGAUUUAAAUUGGUUCCAAUCUUGUUUUCCUUGUUUGGUGAAUUCCUUCAGUCUAAGGCCGACUGCCACGUGGUCACGGCCUGGGGCCCCAGACUCUAAGUGACCCCGAAGCUAAGGUCACUGCAUCGUGAUGCCUCCCUCCUUCUCCUCCCCUCCGCUGGCCGCGGCCCCAGAACCGGCGUAAACCAUCCACAGUAUGUUCGCAGGCUCGGGCUGUGUACUAGGAAACAUGAGCAGGGUGAGAUAUUCAGAGUCCCGGGCGGCGCGGCGCAGGCCGCUGGAUAAAGCGGAGGAGGAGACGGCGGUCCGUGUGGUUUGAGCUCAGGAUCUCAGGACGGGAACAUGUGAGCAGGGAAUGGGCGACUGGAAACAGGAUUAUUGUUCUACACAGCAGAGAGACGCAGGAGGGGCCCGGGACAGGAGAGACACGGGGACACUGUGACAAACCCGAGGAGACUUUUUUUUCCCUUUUUAAUUUUUGCGCAUCAGAGAAAUCGGAGGAAUAUCUGGCCAAAGAUGAACACCAUUGUGUUUAACAAGCUGAGCAGCCAGGUCCUGUUCGAGGAGAAGGCGAAAGAGGUGGAAAUGAGCAGCAGAAAUUAUCUAGAAGUCAUCGACGGGCAACAUCCAGACCUCCUCUCCAGCAACCAGACCAUCAGAGACAACCAGGCCAUCAGACACCGGCGGAGCGGGGGUCGUCCCAGCGGCGGUAAAGUGCGACACAAGCGUCAGGCUCUGCAGGACAUGGCGCGGCCGCUCAAGCAGUGGCUCUACAAGCACCGGGACAACCCCUACCCCACCAAGACGGAGAAGAUCCUGCUGGCCCUCGGCUCGCAAAUGACUCUGGUCCAGGUCUCCAACUGGUUCGCCAAUGCCAGGAGGCGACUGAAGAACACGGUGAGGCAGCCAGACCUGAGCUGGGCGCUCAGGAUCAAACUCUACAACAAAUAUGUCCAGGGCAACGCAGAGAGGCUGAGCGUCAGCAGCGAGGACAGCUGCUCAGACGGUACGGCUCAACUGCAACUUCACAGCAACUCAUCUCUCUUCCAAGAGGCAACUAAAAAUUGGCAACUGUUCUAUGGGGACAACCCUCAGAGGACACAGAACGGACCCCAGGAGCUCAACAAGCCCAUGUACCAGAGCGUGAUCAAGAAGGAGGGCUCCUCUAUGGUGGGCAUGGCCAUGGGUAUGGGCAUGGGCGCGGGGCUGCGCUCGGCCGCCUCACUGGCCGAGGACUACGUGUCUCCGCCCAAGUACAAAAGUAGCCUGCUGCACCGCUACCUGAAUGACUCGCUGCGCCACGUCAUGGUGGCCAACGCCGUCAUGGAUGCUCGCAAGAGGAACCACUCCGGCUCCUUCAGCUCCAACGAGUACGACGACGAGCUGCUCUCGCCGUCCUCCUCUGAGGCUGAGGCGAACUUUGUUUAUCGGGCUGAAACCACAGACCAUGGAUCAAGUAAAUGUGACAACAGCGGUGGCGUCGUAGCUGCGCAGAAAGAGCGGGUGAAGGGCAAAGACGAGACGUACUGGAGGGAGAUCAACGCUGCCAUGGCCUUGACCAACUUGGCGCAGGGGAAGGACAGCGCCUCCGGGACCACCAGCUGCAUCAUCCAGAAGUCCUCUCAUAUAGCAGAGAUCAAGACUGUUAAAGUGCCGCUGAUGCAGAAAUAUUAGCCCUGACGUCAUCCUCCCAUCUCUCUAUGCAAACCAGCAAACAUUCCUGUUUCAGCAAACUCGCCGGAGUCCAAAUAAACUCCCUCAGCAGUGAGAAGAGAAACUGUCGUUUAGGGAGGGGGUUGGUGUUUGAGGCGAGGAAGUGUGGAACAAAAACUUUUUUUAUUGGUGUCUAAAAAAAGUGCAAAAGAGGCCUUGACCAUCAUUUUCUUUGCUGACAGACAAAUGUUGAUGAGUUUCACUGCAGUAUUUCCUAAAGCAAGACACUUUUGUAAUGUUAACUUAUUUUUGAUGAGUCUGAUUUUUUUAUUUCUUCUUCUUUUUUUUUAUGCUACAAAAUUUGUAUUUUGCCUCAAGUGCCUUUUUGUUAUUUAGAAAAAUAACUCGCCGACUGUGGUCAGUGCAAAGUACAGAAACAGAGGUGCCUCUUUUUACUAAGUUUAGUGUCGCAGUCGUGAUUCAGGAUUCGCUUUGUGAAUGAAAACUCCCAUAACAUAACAGCCUGUGCCUUAAGGACUGAAUGAGCACACCAUCCGAGGCACUGAUGAACUCAAAUAGCAUACACGCUCUUUUAGAAUAUAUCCAGCAGUAACUCCCUGAAGGCAUCGUGCUUGUUUCGACUGGAGUCUUCAUUUUGACUGUAAACCGAACGCUGUUUUGUCUCAGUCAGCCCCUCGCUGCUGGCAGGCCGUCGGAUACGUAGAUAAGUUGCCCUAAUGUGAGCAGCAGAUCGAUAAGCAGCCAACGCGCUGUGCCGUGUCCACACGUCAGCCUUGGAUUUCAGCACCCAGCGAAGGAUUCCUUUGUUAUCGUGGCUUAUAGCUGCUGAAACGUGCCCAAACGUCAGCUGGACCCAGAUGAAGUCACAUUCACCCUCGCAGUGACACAGAUGUACGGGCACGCUUUAAUACAGUAUCUGUUCUGACAGAAGAAUGCCAUGACCUAAAAGGGAUGUUUUUGCUUUGCAUUAUCAGUGUUUUUAUGUGGACAGUGUUGCCUUUUCACAUGUUUGUGCUCAGAACAAGAUAGUCCGGAGUGAAUGAAAGAAAAAAAAAUCCACCACCAGCUCCCCCAGCCUUUUGAUCCUCAGCCCUCUCAGCUGUUUAGCAUUACAUUCAAAUUGCUGUUUACAAGAAGCCAGAGGAUAGACUUAAAAGUUUGACUUUCUCCCCCCUCGCUUUUUUUUUCUUUGUUUGUCUUCAAAAAUACAUUUCAGUAUUAUCUAUUUGUCAGCCAAGCAAGUGUUCAAAGUAUUUGUUAUUGUCAGUCUGUAUAUGUGUGGUCGUUUUGUUUUUGAUCAGAACUUGGUUUCACUUAGCCGCACCGCAUUAAGAGCUUCUUUCGUCAUCCAAUGGAAAGAGUCUCUUUUCUAGAAAGUACUAAUGUACGGUGCAUAUGUUAGAAACGUUUGCGGCGAACGAUGCCAAGUUCACAAACUGGGGGAAAUCGAGUUGGACUUAUGGAAGAAACUGAAGUUGGCUCUCUGUGCUGACUUUGUAAUUUUAUGUAUAUCUUAAAGGUACUGUUUAUGUGUGUCAAAAUGUACACUCCUUCAUAAAUUGUGCCGUUUUUUUUGUUGUUUUUUUUUGGACAGCCCAUACUGUGCUUAUGGUCAAGGACUUUGAGGGAGUGAAGCUGCACAAAGUGACUUUUUGACCUUUUUUAUGUCUUGAAUGUGCAAACUGUUAACAAAAAAAAAAGCUGCACUUACAGUUUUCAAUCAGAAAACACACAGACUCCAUUGAGAACUUCUGGUGUUUUUACAUUAAGGUGAAGAGACGUAAAAGAAAUGAAGGACAACCCUAUAUUAUUCCUGUUAGCGUGCCUAUGGAGGUAUAAUGAAAUCAAUCGCACUAGCCAAUCCCCAGGCACUAUUUGCUUAUGCAGUGGGGGUGGUGGGCUCCCACAUGUGUUUUUUAUACACCUGAUCCAGGCUGGGUAGCUGCGGGGUAGUGCCUGGCCCACUCCUUGUGUUUCCAAUCGCACCUCUGAACCUCUGGAUCACUCACGACCCUCACACCUCACACGAUACCCGCCUCGCUGGGAAGAGAAGGAGCGAGGGAAGGAGGCUUCAGAGACAACAGAGUAGCCUUUGUUGUUCCUACCGGCGGUCACUCCUCAACAACGACACCAGUUCUAACAAAGGGGUUUCCACAGCCGAGACUUUGGUACUGUACACGCCUCUCUCCAGCACAAGCCCUGCUCUCACAACCAUGCUGACAAAUGGGAAGCUAUGGUAUGUAUUAAAGCCUAUAAAUUAUUAUUGCGGACUUUGUAAAAACAAAGUGGUGACCAUAGUUUGUUUUUUUUAUUGUUAAGUUAUAUAAAUUGAGAUUUUUUUUUUGUUUGUUUUGAUAGAGACUGGAUUUUCAAUCCAAUGACCAAAUGCAUAUCUCCUUGUA